UGAAUUACUAAAAUUUAGUAAUUCUGUGACUACUUGUGUUUCUGAGUGUACAUUGGGUUUCUUGAGACAAGACAACCUACCAUCAAGACAACUAUAGACAACUGUGUUGACGUCUAUCCUCAAGCGCGUUUUUUGAUCUGCAUAUUUUUACAAUCUGAACAAUCUCCAUUUAGUAAAAAUGGUUCGAAAACGUACUACUGCUUCUAAAAAACGUGUGCUACAGCUUGCCCAAGAUCAGAACUCACAAUUUGUGUUGAAAGGCCUUCCCGAAUCGGUGAAAUCGCUGGAAUCCGACGAACAAAACUUAAAAAAACGUAAAAAAAAAUGCACUGAAUCUCUUAAGCCCAGUGUCGAGCCAUCUGUAACACCAUUGGUUGCUUCUGGACAACUUGAAGAGUUCGACAGCGAAGACGAUCUACCAGUAUUCAAGAAAUCAUCGUGCAAUGAACGUGCAUCAGUUGUCAAGAAACUUGCUUCCGGCAAAAGAGCGAUAAGUAAGGUUAACACGAGAAGCGCCAAUUCUCGACACUUGGGUCUCAAACAUACAAAAACAAUUCCGGAUACGACAGUGGUUGCAAAAACUCCACGACAACCAGCAAGCAAAAAUGGCACAGGAGUCUCAAAAACAGCGCAAAUGUCAAAAAAUGAGAAAAUACUCGGUUUGUCUGAACCGCGGGAGUGUGGAAUCUUCCUGAAUGAUCCUCCACACGGUGCCGUUGACGACAGAAUUGACGAUUCUGAUGGAUCUGAUGUGGAUGAAUAUUACCGAACGUUUUUGCCAGUCACUAACGACAAAGCUUCCGAAAGGACUUCAGGAAAUCAUCCGGAACUUGCAGAUUUGCUCUCAUCCGGAAAGCCGAGUAGCGCGCUUGCCACUAAAAAAAAUGCCCUUGAGGAUAAUGAGAAGCGUUAUGGCAAAGACACAAACACGCAAAACCAGAACUGGGUUCUAGCACAGCCAAGGACCUUGUCUACAGUAACACCAAUCGUCGAUGCUCUGGAUCAACUGAAUGAGACGGUUACAGGAAUCGAAAAGUCUGGUGAGUUGCAGGAUGAUCACCAACCUGGACCAAGAAAAUCUCGAGAACCAACCAAGGUGGUUCCGGCAGAACGUGUUGCUAACGAUCAUGCUGUAGAGUCUGAUGUCGAAGACGAUUGUCUUGGUUUUUAUGAUGACGAUUACGAGUUGGAACCAACUGUGCGCAAAUCGCCUACCUUCCAGCAGGAGAAUUCAGCACCAGAUUGUUCAUGUGGAUUGGCGAAUGAAGUAGCCAAACUUAAAGCAGAAAAUUCUGAGUUACUGAAGCAGAACAAGUACCUGAAAAACCGUAAAAGCAUUCUUGAGCAAUCGCAUGCAAAAAUGCAGCAAGCUUUGAUGUCAAAGCUGCUACCUUCCACUCAUAAACCGUUUGAAAACGUCGAAGGAUUUCCGGAUUGCCCGAGUGCUGACAAGAUAGCGAAGAUGUCCGUAGUGGCAAAGGAUAGUGAUUAUGUCUUUAUCAAGUUGCUGAUGUACGCUAUCUGGCCAGACGGUUUCAUGGGCAAAUCUGUCACAGGACGUACUUCAAAUAAUCCGAAAGGUCGUGGCAAGAAAAAUCCACCCAUCGAUGACGAUCGGGCACAUGUCGAUGAACGUGCAAGGACGGGUCGAACUGCACUGGAGAAAAACAAAGUGCAGUUUAUCAACGAUUGUCUAGUGGAGAGACGGCUUCUGCUACAUGACAAUGAAUUGGUGGCCCGGAAAAUUGCUUCUAAAUGCAAUAGGUUGAUGCAGAACGUCAUCAGUAACUGCAACCGUUACAAUUAACCGUGAAUUCAUUUUCGUAAUUCCAGGACAUUUUUAUAAUCUUUUUAUUUGGUUUAAAUUGAAUUUCUUUUAAACAAUGUUCUUAGCAAAUGCUGCAAGGUACGAAACCAACUCUAUUUUAUCAGCGUUCAAGAACGCUUUAAGAACAUUUUAAAAUGGUGCAUACUAGUUAACCUUUGAGCACAGUUUCUCUGAUAGAAACAAUCCAUUGGAUUUUAGUUGUGAAACGUGUUCAACUGAAUAAAAUAAAAUUUUAAGUUUAAUCAACGAUCUAGUAUAGUGUAAUCAUUAGAAAAAAAAACAAUGAAAUCCGAUCUGCUAU